UGGGAGAACGGGAAUGUUACGGGAGUGGGAAUCUGGGGGGAUCCCAGAGGACUGGGAAUUCCGGAGGAUUGGGAAUCCCAGGAGAGUGGGAAUGUCAGGAGAGCUGGGAAACCCAGGAGAGUGGGGAUCCUGGGGAUCGGGAAUUCCAGGGAUCAGGGUCCCAGCAGAUCCGGGGUCCCUGCGGAGCCUCCCCGGGGGGCGGAGCCGAGGGCGGGGCCGGCCCCCGCUGGAAUUGGGGAAGGAAAAGGUCCCGGCCCCUCCCCCACCCCACCCCCACCCCUUCCCCUGUUCCUCUUUCCUUCCCGAUCCCGAUCUCAAUCCCCGUCCUGAUCCCAAACCCGAUCUUAAUCCCAAUCCUGAUCCCACUCCUGAUCCCAAUCCCAAUCUCCAUCCCGUGCCCAUUCCUGAUCCCAUUCCCGAUGCUGUUCCUGUUCCUGUUCUCGAUCCUGUUCCCAUUCCUGUUCCUGUCCCCAUUCCCAUUCCCGUUCCCAUUCCCAUUCCCGUUCCCAUUCCCGAUCCCGUUCGAUGGGCUGGGCCCGCACUGAUCCCAUGUGGAGGCGGCGCUGGCGCUCCCAGCCCGGGGCUCGCUCGGCUCCUUCCUCCUCCUCCGUUCGGGGGCUCUCUGACGAGGAGGAUUCGGGGUUCCUGGAGGUCGCCGUGUCCGACACGAAGCACCCAGCCCCGGAGCUCGGCCCCGCACCCCCGGGACUCACCCCACAACAGGUGCUGCGCAGGCACAUCCUGGGCUCCAUCGUGCAGAGUGAGCGCAGUUACGUCGAUUCCCUGAAGCGAAUCCUGCAGGAUUACCGCGCCCCGCUGCUGGCCAUGCAGCCCAAGGUGCUGAGUGCCCGCAAGUGCCGUGUGGUGUUUUUCCGGCUGCGCGAGAUCCUGCAGUGCCACUCCAUGUUCCAGAUCGCCCUGGCCUCGCGCGUGGCCGAGUGGGACACGGCCGAGACCAUCGGGGACCUGUUCGUGGCCUCGUUCUCCAAGUCCAUGGUUGUGGAUGUUUACAGCGAUUACGUCAAUAACUUCAGCACGGCCAUGGCGCUCAUCAAACGCGCGUGCCUGACCAAACCCGCCUUCCUGGACUUCCUCAAG